AUGAAGGAAAAUCAAACAACAGUCACAGAAUUCAUCCUAUUGGGAUUUCGCUUUGGUCCAAGGAUUCUCUUGAUCCUCUUUGGACUUUUCUCUCUCUUCUUCAUUCUGGGGCUCAUCUCACUGGACCCCAGACUGCACAGCCCCAUGUAUUUCUUCCUCUCACAUUUGGCCGUGGUUGACAUCGCCUAUGCCUGCCAACACAGUGCCCAGAUGCUGGUGAACCUCCUGAAGCCAGAGCCCAUUUCCUUUGCUGGCUGCGUAACACGGACUUUCCUCUUUUUGACACUUGCUCACACAGAGUGUCUCCUGCUAGUGGUGAUGUCCUAUGACCGGUAUGUGGCCAUCUGCCACCAACUGCGGUAUUCUGCCAUCAUGACUCAGAGACUCCGCAUCCCCUUGACCGUCACCUGUGGCUCACUCCUAGCCCUGGUCCAUGGGAGCCUCAUUCUGAGGUUGCCCUUCUGCGGGCCUCAUGAAAUCAACCACUUCUUCUGUGAAAUCCUAUCUGUCCUCAAGCUGGCCUGUGCUGACACAAGACUCAACCAAGCGGUCAUCUUUGCAGCGUCUGUGUUCAUCUUCGUGGGGCCCCUGUGCCUGGUGCUGGUCUCCUACACAUGUGCUCUGCUUGCCAUCCUGAGGAUGCAGUCCAGAGAGGGCCGCAGAAGGGCCUUUUCUGCCUGCUCCUCCCACCUCUGUGUCUUGGGGCUCUUCUUCGGCAGUGCCAUUGUCAUGUACGUGGCCCCCAAGUCCCGCCACCCUGAGGAGCAGCAAAAGAUCCGCUUCCUAUUUUAGUUUUUCAACCCAAUGCUGAACCCCUUCAUCUACAGCUUGAAGUGCUACACAGAACAAGUAAUGCCCAAGGGAUUUGAAUUUGUGAGAAAGAGUCUCCCAGAGUUUCGUCUCCGACUUACUGCCUACGUCCAGAGAAGGCCUCUAUUCUCUUGUUCAUGCCUUAAAGACAUAAUAAGCCUGCCUCCUUUCUUUGCAAGAGAAAGUUAA